AUGCCCUUACAAUCCCCCAUAUCAAUAGUCGGAGACAUUCAUGGCCAAUUUCAUGACUUGUUAGAAAUCUUCCAAAUUGGAGGAUCACCCCCCAGCACCAACUAUUUAUUUCUUGGCGAUUAUGUCGAUCGAGGGUAUUAUUCAGUGGAAACCAUAAGUUUAUUGAUUGCUUUAAAAUUACGAUAUCCGGAUCGAAUUUUCCUCAUACGUGGAAAUCAUGAAUCAAGAACCAUAACCACGAAUUAUGGAUUCUAUACCGAAGUCCUAAAUAAAUAUAAUGGCAGUGCUGAUGUCUGGACCUAUAUAACUGAUUUAUUUGAUUAUUUACCCUUGGGUGCCACAAUCGAUGGGAGGAUAUUCACCUGUCAUGGGGGAUUAUCUCCCAGUUGUCAACAAUUGGAUCAGAUUAGGGCUGUGGAUCGAUUUAGAGAGAUUCCUCAUGAUGGAAUAAUGGCAGAUUUGGUAUGGAGUGAUCCUGAUGUUGAAAUUAUGGAUUUUAAAUUAUCACCGAGAGGUGCGGGUUAUUUAUUUGGAUUGGAUGUUAUUAAUAAAUUUUGUCAUGAUAAUGAAUUAGUACAGAUGAUUAGAGCACAUCAGUUGUGUAAUGAGGGAUAUACUAGUUAUUGGAAGGGGAAGUGUUUAACAGUAUGGCUGGCACCAAAUUAUUGUUAUAGAUGUGGGAAUAGGGCAAGUGUAUUGGAGAUAUUACAUUCGAAUUAUGAAGCGAGGGAGAGUAUACAAGAGAAGGGUGGCGAUGAUAGUAAAGAAGUAAGUUAUCAAGAUUAUAAGGAUAGGUUUAAUGAUUGUAAAUUACAUAAAAUUCAAGGAGUAUUACCGGGGCAAUUCUUUAAUAUAUUUGAAGCAUCACCUGAAAAUGAUGAAGAUACACUUAAUGGCAAAAGUGUUUAUGAUGAUAUGGUUAAUGAAGAUUCAUUUGGUCUGUAUUUUAAAGGAAGAGAAGUGAAUACAUCUCGUUCAAAUAAAAGACAACAACAAAUGAAACAACAGUAUGUUGAUUACUUUUUAUAG